UGAGAUUUGUAAAUUAUUCCAUUCCUUUUUUACUCACAAUUUCUACAGUGUCCUAACUUUUUUGGAAUCGGGUUUGUAUAUGUGUAGGUGUAUAUGUAUACAAAUCUGCAGAUUUAUUGUACACUAGUCAACAUUUGAAGAGUUUUGGGUAUUGGUUUUAAGACAACUAUUAUGAAAGGUUUUGAUCCUCUUAAAAUUUUGACUAGUGUAGUUUGAUGGUACAAAUCAAACUGUGAUGGCACGGGGCCUCAAAACAUUGAUUUUGGAAAUUGCAUACAUUGUGAUCCGUACAUGUGCCACUGUGGUGAUUACCUGGUGCAUGAAUGGCCAAAACGUCUCCAGUUGAGUCCGCAGCUAAUGCCAGCGGAGAGUGAAGACUGUUGUGCAUUGUUCAGAGCAACUACAGGGCCACAGUGCAGCAAAUCACCAGCAACACGUUACAUGUGCCCAUUUCAUGCUAGUGAUUUGUUGCACUGUGGUCCUGUGGUCCCUGUGAAAAAUGCACAACCGUCUCCCCUCUGACAAUAAUGCACUGCAGACAUAAAACAAGUCUGUGCACCACUUUAAAUGCAUACUAUAUAUAGUGGCACAUGAACAACCCACAAAGCCCCAUGCCAUCUCUGUUUGUCCGUUAUUAAACUUCAAUAAAUCUGCAGCUUGGGAAUAGGCAAUUUUGCCAAAAAAUUACAGCUGCAUGAAAAGUGUUCAUCCUGUAACCUGUGGACAUUGGCUUAUCUUCUAGGUGACAGUAGCUGUGAAACUUCGUUUUAUGACCAUGACUGGCAUUAUAGUUUUGAUGUUCCAUGACAAAAAAUGCCAGCAAGUUUUAUGGGAAAGUUGCAAAAUGGCGAAAGGCCAAGUUGCUCUGAGAGAAGAAAGUUGGUCCGCAUUGUUGCUUCUGAGAUCCUGGAAGUCAGCAAAUGUCCAGCAAAAAAACAUGUAUCAGAAAUAGCCCGACAAAUGGUGAUUGCAUACCCAAAGUCUUUCAGAGAUGAGAUUAAUUCCCAGGUUGUAGGAAGUGGAUAUGAUUCUCUCCUCAAACAACUGGUGUGUAGAAUUGACAAUUUGAAAAGAGCAAAAGCUAUUAGUAUACCACUUUGUGGUACUCUAGAAGUAUCAACAAAGAAACAAAAAUUGUUAUAUGGUUGUAUAAAUUCUGAUCCACAACUGCUAGUUGGAGAAACAUCUGAAUUGCAGCAGGAAAAGAAAGAGAAGUUGGUAGUAAUGUUUCAAAAUAAUGAAAGUGAUGUAAAGACAAUCUAUGACUUAAUGACUUCUACAUACACCCCUCAAAGAAACAGCAUCCAAUCUGGAAAGGAAACCAAAGAUUUACUUGAUGAGUGGCCAUAUCUUUUUCAGCCAGCAGGAAUGAAAGCACACUUUAAAGAGCUCACUGGCAUUGACAUAAACAACAGCUUUGAAGAAUCUGCUUCCAGUAAGUUCAGAAGAAUAUUGGACUACUUUCAAUUUCAGUGCACAGAAAGAGCAAGCAGAGCAGGGAGAAUCCUCACAAAGUAUAGAGCUGGAGGGGAUCAUGUUUGUGGGGCUGUGAUGUUGCUGCUAACCCAUUUCAAAAAUGACCAAGACCACUUUCUUGUGAUGGUAGAAGACACCUCUGUUCCAAGUGAUAUAUGCUCAGAACAGCUUCCAGCAACACCAUGUAUAGUAGUGUGUGGAGAGAACCCAAUGACAGCCAGUGUGUACAUGGUACCAGUAGACCAGAUGAUUGUAAAUGACCAUCUCUUGAGUUUUACAGAAGCCCUGUAUCUGAUGUUCUCUCUUUACUAUAUAUUGAACAUCAGUUACCCUGUAGAACUGGGAGCCACACUAGAAUUCUUGCAAAGGUGCAUCUUUAGGAUAAAUCCUCAUAAAGGUACCAAGGUGGAAAAGAGAGAGAAAAAGAGAGCGGACUCUGUCAACCCCAGAGUAUUGAGUCUGACAUCAAAAAUUGCUGCAUUUGAUUGGGGAGAGUAACAGAUGUGGUCUUUCAGAAGAUUGACAUUUCGCUGAAGAACAGGACAGACCGACUUUUUGUACUUCAGUGCAGCGCUUUGUUGCUUAAAUCAUUUUUAUUACCUUGUGACGUGAUUAGGAUUCAGUUUAUAUUUAUUUAUUUGAUUGGGACAGUGCAUGUUAAUGAACAAACAUGGAAUACAUGCAUGUAAACAUGCUGGAUUGUAGCCAAAGGCUUAUUUCCAUCCGUAGUCCCACGGGCUAAAAUCACACGGGUCACAAAACAUUACAUAAUAAAAUUUACAUCUACAGUUAGUACAUCGUUUAUCAAUAAAUUAGCUAAAGGCCCGUAUACAAUAUUCACAUAAUACUUAAAAAUUCAUUCAACUUCAAAAUUAUCAGAAUCCAGGCCCAGUGUUUUUGUUUCUUUUAAACUGAACACAUUUGUGUUCUGAAACAUGCUUUAUCCAUUUUCUCCAUGUGACAUGUUCAGGAUUAUCAGAAUUAAUGUCGAUUUUUUUUUUUUUUAAAUUGAACAAAUUUGUUUUCUAAAACAUGACUUUUGCUGGGAAGUGUUUUUCCAUUGUUUGAUCUUGAAGGUUUGCUAUAUAAUAAAAAGCUGAAGUUGUUUACAGCAAUACUCUGGCUACCAUAAUUUAUUGUAUAACAUUUUACAAAAAUUUGUGUUUCAAGAGUAUUUUUAAUUAGUUUUUAGCAUUACUUCUGUCACACAGUAUACAAAGAUGUCCCUCUACAUUUGGUUUAAAUAAAUAAAUUCACUAGAAAAAGAUUAUGGCAUGAAAACAUGUAAGCCCAGAUUUGCUAACUAUAUGUGGCAGUGCACACUUUCUGAAUGUGUCAGGGUUUUCAGAAGACAUGAUAGAAAGGCAUGUACAGUGAUUAUUGCAUCUUUAUUGGAUAUGCAUUUGUAGGAAAUUUCCUUUAUGAAAGCGUCCCUUAACCCUUUUUGUGCCUGACCUGACAGUAAUGGUUGCUAAUUGCACUUAUUUUUUAUUUGGUCAUUAUGGAAGGGAGCUGCUGCAAUUCUGUUCUUGCACAUUGAUAGUUUACUCGUAGAAAACAUUCAAAUUCAUCCUGAAGUUAGUUGUAUUUUCUCUGCCAAAAACAAUAUUAGCACAUUUUAAGUUAAGAUGCUUGCUAUUUACCUUUAAUGUGAUAAAACUGAAAAUCUGUCUUGUACUCUCAGGUUGUAUAACUUUCUUUGUGGUUAGCAGAACAAAUUAAUUUAUUUUGACUAAUGUUCACCGAGGAAGUUUAAGAACCACUGGCUUAUAGAUUUGGCUUUUUUGUGAUUAAAACAAAGCCAUUUAUUUGCAAUGAAAAUUUAGAAAAUGUUUGAAAAGUGGAAAUAAAGUGCUUUAUUAAGAGAAGAGUGUUUAUUAAAAAUAAAGUAUUUAUUGGGUAGGCUUAGGGGUCGGUGUAGAAGGGCUUUUAUUCUCACAACAAUGUAGCAUCCAUUUAACAAUUUUAAUAAAUAUAAUCAUUUGCACUCUGAUAAUUAUUGGAUCCUGUUAAUCUACAAAAAUAGUAAGGUGCAACUAUCUGCCGAUAUAGAUAGCAUCUAAUUAGUAUUUACACUUACUGCAAAUUUGAUAAUUCUAUUUAUUAAAUGAAAAUUAUUUACACCUAAUGUAAAUAGCAUUACGUAAAAAUUAAUUGGGUUGUAGCUCGUUGUCUAGGUGACUGUGAUUUUAAAUAGGUGUCGUUUGUGUUUUAACGUUUAGCUCAAGAAUAGGGAAGUUCGAAUAGCCUAUGUGAAUAUUACCAACUUCACUAAACUCCUUCUUGAGUUAAGAACUGACCACAUUUCUUUAUAUUUGAGUCCAAGUUCAAACACUAUGAAACGCUCCAUUAACGUAUACGGAGCUCUGAAACACUGCCAGCGGGACAUUAAACAGGAAGUGUCUGUCCGAGCUCAAAACAGGUUUUACGUGGGAACGCUAAGUUUCUCGGGUGAAGGCAAAAGAUUUGCAAAAAAAAUUCCACCACCACGUCCCUUUGAGGGCUCCGUAGUAAAUAUCAUCUACUGCUGGUUACUUCGGAUUUUGAUAUGGAAAUCAUGACAAUUAGCUUACCUUAACAAUAAAUGGUUUUCCUAAAGUGGUGUAACAAGUGGGUUGGACAGGAGUGUGUGUUUGGAUGAGGAUACCAAUAAGUGAAACGCAUACUCGAAAUGUGACCUCUUUAACCCAUCUCAGUGAGGGGUGAGCACACACACCCCCGGAGCAGUGCAGGGAGCAAUUAGGAUAAGUCGCAACACGCUGGCCGUGAGACUCGAACCGGCAACUCUUUGGUUACAAGCCCGACUCUCUAACCACUAAGCUACAAUUGACCCCACAGUAAUAAAAUUCUCUAACAGCCACAAGAGAAAACUGAUGCCUUUCACCAUUAACCACAGCGGCAAAAAAACAACAGGUUUUAUAAACAACACAGUCCAGCGCCAGAUCGCCUCUUUAACAAACGAACGAUAUGUAUGAUAUGCAUAACAACAAUAGUAGACAAUAGUAGGCUAAACGCUGACUAUAAAUCAAGGAAACAACAUCACCAAUGGAUCAACAAUAAAGUUUAGAAAAGAUGCGCAAUUUAACCUAAUGUCUUCAGUGGCACAGGCACUAGUGUGGAAGCCUCGUUUAUUUGAUGCUUGUUUCAAAGUCCUUGGUUCGAAACUGUAUUUUAUACCUUUUGGUAUCACAAAUCACAUCGAAAAGGCAUUUAUUUUCAACAAAAAUGAAGUAGAAAUAAAGUGUCUAACGAGUGUUUAAUAAAACACUUUAUACUAUUAUUGCAUCCUGUUAAUGUACACAAUUACUGAGAUGCAAACAGAAUCUGCCAAAAUAUAGAAUAUCUAAUUAC